CCUCCAAGACUUCAGCAAAGUGACAAACAAGGGCAAUCAUAGAAUAGAAGACGAACACAGGGCGAAGCAAGGAGCAGCGGCCAUGGACACAGACAUGGAGAGGAAGGUGGCGUCGGAGGAGGAGAUGAGGGAGUGGUGCGUCGCGCUGCCCAAGGUGGAGCUCCACGCCCACCUCAACGGCUCCGUCCGCAAUUCCACCCUCCUGUCAGUGGAACUUGCAAAACAGCUAGGAGACAAAGGAGUCAUUGUCUUCGAAGAUGUUAAGGAUGUGAUCAUGAAGGAUGGUAGAUCUCUCCCAGAGUGUUUGAAGCUUUUUGAUUUGUUUCAUAUACUUACAACGGACCAUGAUACAGUAACAAGGAUCGCUAAGGAGGUUGUGGAAGAUUUUGCUGCAGAGAAUGUUGUGUAUUUGGAAAUAAGAACGACACCGAAGAACAAUGAAGCCAAAGGGAUGACCAAGCGAUCUUACAUGAAUGCUGUUAUUGAAGGUUUAAAAGCAGUUGACGCUGUUGAUGUUGUUUUAUUUGAUUCUAAGUCAAGAAGAACAAAUGACACAUUAACUUGCACACCUACAAUUGAGUUGGAUGGUGACACAAAGAAAAAGAGGAUAUAUGUCAGGCUCCUUCUUAGUAUUGAUCGCCGCGAAACAACUUUGGCUGCAUUGGAUACUGUUAAUUUGGCCCUGGAAAUGAAGGACCAAGGUGUUAUUGGUAUCGAUCUUUCUGGCAAUCCAGUUGUGGGGGAAUGGGAAACAUACUUGCCUGCCCUACAACAUGCUAAAGAGCUUGGAAUCCCCAUUACAAUUCACUGUGGAGAGGUAGCAAACAGGAAGGAGAUCCAAGCAAUGCUGGAUUUCUGCCCUCAGAGGCUGGGGCAUGUAUGCUGUCUGAAUGAUGUAGAAUGGAAGAAGCUCAAGUCUUUGAUGAUUCCAGUUGAGAUAUGUUUAACAUCAAAUGUUAUGACAGGAGGUGCUCCUUCUCUAGAGCUUCAUCACUUUGCUGACCUCUAUAAUGCAAAGCACCCUCUAUCCUUGUGCACAGAUGACUGUGGCCUGUUUUCAACAAGCCUCUCAAAUGAGUAUUACCUCGUUGCAGCCACUUUUGGUCUCAGCAAGCCUGAGCUGUUUCACCUAGCUCAGGAAGCAGUGCAGUUUGUUUUUGCUGAUGAAAAUGUGAAGAAGUCUCUGAAGGAGGUGUUCAAGCAUGCCGAGAAGAGAUUGACGAUGUUGUCUGAAAUUGGCAUGCCAAACUAAUGUGCGUGCCUCUUAGAUCAGUGUGAACCCAAUUGUGUGAUGUAUGAUGCAAAAAAUGUAUAGGUGCGUAAUUUCUCGUUUAUGUAUGGAUUAUGUAUUUUUUUUCAAGGUCUUAUAAGAAGAAAUAUGGUCAAAGAGGUAAUCAGCAUCAA